UUCUGCAAACAACUAUGCCAUUUCCCUCGCCCUAACCGCUCUCUCUCAUCUCUUUCUCUCACUAUAAUUUCAGAUCACCGUAGCAUACUUUCGUUCGCACGCCCUAGAUCAUGGCCUCCGAUUCUUCUCCUGUCAACACGCCUGACGGGUUCUCCCUUGCAUUCGUGACGUUAUGUCUACUGGAAUACUUAUUUCUUGAAUUUGGUCAGACACAGAGGACAGUGAAGUCAAUUUUCAAGACUUACAUUGAUUGUCUUCAUCUAAAGACGACGGAUAAGUCAAGAAUGGAUGUACAGGAUCCAAUGGAAACUGAAAAUGAAGCAAGCACUGGGGACGAUGAUUCAACUCAGAAAUCUGAAAUCAAUGUGGAGCAAUUAAAAGAACUAUUGAAACAGCCUGAUAUAUAUGAAAAAUUGACUAGGUCUUUGGCGCCAAACAUAUGGGAGUUGGAUGACGUAAAGAGAAGCCAUCUUUGCCAGCUUUUUGGAGGGAAUGCAUUGAAGUUGCCAUCUGGUGCUAGCUUCAGAGGUGAUAUAAAUAUUCUCCUUGUUGGAGAUCCUGGAACCAGUAAAUCGCAGCUUCUCCAGUACAUUUAUAAGCUCUCUCCUCGUGGUAUAUACACUAGUGGGAGAGGAAGCUCUGCUGUGGGGCUAACUGCUUAUGUGGCGAAGGAUCCUGAGACUGGUGAAACCGUCCUAGAGAGUGGAGCCUUGGUUUUGAGUGAUAGAGGCAUAUGUUGCAUCGAUGAAUUUGACAAAAUGUCUGACAAUGCAAGGAGCAUGUUACACGAGGUGAUGGAGCAGCAAACUGUUUCAAUUGCGAAGGCUGGAAUAAUUGCUUCCCUAAAUGCAAGAACUUCAGUGCUGGCUUGUGCCAACCCAAUUGGUUCACGCUAUAACCCUCGCUUGUCAGUGAUUGAAAAUAUCAACCUUCCUCCUACUUUAUUGUCUAGGUUUGAUCUGAUCUAUUUGAUUCUUGACAAGGCUGAUGAGGAGACAGAUAGGCGUCUGGCGAAGCACAUUGUGGCAUUACACUUCGAAAAUCCUAAUAGUUCCCAGCAUGAUGUCAUUGACUUGCCAACCUUGACUGCUUAUGUAAACUAUGCACGAAAACAUAUACACGCACAGUUAUCAGAUGAAGCUGCAGAGGAGUUGACAAGAGGGUAUGUCGAGAUGAGAAAAAAAGGAAAUUUCCCAGGAAGCAGCAAAAAGGUCAUAACUGCAACCCCAAGGCAAAUUGAAAGUUUGAUACACCUCAGUGAGGGCUUGGCCCGCAUUCGUUUCUCGGAAUUGGUUGAGAAGUCGGGUGUAAUAGAAGCUUUUAGGCUUCUCGAGGUGGCAAUGCAACAGUCUGCAACAGACCAUUCGACCGGAACCAUUGAUAUGGACCUGAUCACGACUGGAGUAUCCGCAAGUGAAAGAAUGAGGCGGGAGAAUCUGGUGUUGGCCACAUGCAGCCUCGUUCUGGACAAGUUGACAAUCGGAGGGUCGUCUGCUCGCUUGAUGGAGUUAUUGGAAGAGUUGAAGAAGCAGAAUCUGGGUGGUGCUGAGGUGCACCUUAGUGAUCUUCGAACUGCAUUGUCGACUCUUUCAGCUGAAGGCUUGCUCGUUGUGAAGAGAAUUUAGAAUGUUG